AAACGCUCACGACCUACCACCAUCGCAUUCAUUAUGCUGUUUCUUUACUCGUAAAUUAUAACAAUUCCUUUAAAGUGGUUAAAAGGAUUCUUAAUUUUUUAUUUUCACAAGGUUUUAGAGAAUAAUUUUACUUAUUUAAAGAUUUUUUUUUAAAUUCAAUUGAAUUGGAUAUUCAGUUGAAACUAAAAGAACAGUAUUUUGAAACUUAAUUUAGAAGCAUUCUUUGGAGGCAAGUGCUUAAAUUUUUGGAGUUAUGUUAUAAAGUUUUUGGUUUACGUAGAUAAAAUUAAUAAAAUCAUGUCUGAAGAUAUUAAUGAAGAUAGUUGGCUUUAUGGAACUGAAAACACUGAUAUCAAAGACAGUAAUGAAAAAGAAAAUGAUUUGGAGAAUGCUGAAACUGUUGAUGAAAAUAACGAUAGUAAUAUAGAUAAAGUUGAAGGAAAAGAGGAAACAACCGAAAAUGUUGACUCGAAUCAGCAGAAGCAGGUUAGUAUUGAGGAUGAUCCGGCGAUGGAGAUGGAAGAACAAGAAGAAAGUCAAAUGACAAUACAUAUAAGUGGUGAAGAAACGGAAAAUUUGGCAAAUGGAAAAAGUAAGGGCACUGAUGAAGACUAUUCCGAGGAUGAUAGCGAUGAUGACGACAUAAAUAUAGUUAUUAACAGCAUAAAAACGGGACCCGUAUAUACAAAACAAAGGCAAAACUUUCUCGUUCCAAAUGUCGUAUGUCAGACAGAGAAAAAGCCAACUAGCGGAAAAUUUAGUAUUGAAGAAUUUGAAAGCAUGGGUUCUAUAAACGGAGUAUCCGUUCAUGAAUUCAGUAUAGAUUCUUUAGACGAAAAACCGUGGCGGAAGCCGGGAGCAGAUAUAACGGAUUAUUUUAACUAUGGUUUUAAUGAAGAUACUUGGAGAGCAUAUUGUGAACGUCAAAAACGUAUUCGUAUUAAUGAAAGUGGCGUAGGUUUACAAGCUUUAACUGCCGCAUUAAGUGGAAUGCCAAAUCCUCAACCGAAUACUUAUAAUCAACAGCAAGGGCAAACACCCCAAGUUAUAUCCUCCACUGGAUUUAUGUCCAAUAAUCGAACUCUUACACCAGUUUCAAAUACUGAUAAAUAUUCAGGUCAAAUGAGAUCGCGCAACUCUUUUCCACCAAGUCAACAGCUUGCUAGAGAAAACGCUAUUCAAGUGAUGACUGCAGAAUGUAGAGACUAUAGCAAAAUGAAUUUUGCUGGGGGACAUGAUGAUUCAUUUUUUGAAAAUGAUGGUUAUAAUUAUGGAUUUGAGCCAACGCAAGAUUUGCAAUGGUUAAAUCAAGUAAACAAAAGUUGGCAGCCAACCGGCAUUAAAGAGCUUACUUUAGAUCCGGGACUUGUUGGACCCCCAGCAGAGAUGUCUAAUCACUCUGCCCCAGAAAUGGGCCAGCAUCCUAUGAUGAACAUUCCACAACCAACAGGAAUGACCCCUUCAACAACGAUUCCUCGGCCAAUUGAAAGUUUAAUGCUUCCGCCAAAAGUAGCUCCUCCGUUUCCUAAUAGAGAUUGGAAUAAAGAUUGGGAACGAGAUAAAGACAUGCAUUACAAAGAUCGGGAGAGAGAAAUACGUAGCCGAGAUAAAGAUAGGAUAAGAGAAAGUAGAGAUCGCGAUUCAAUUAUAGAAAGAGAAAGAUCUGAUCGUGAUAGGUCUGAUAGAGAGUAUAACCGCGAAAGAGAGAGAACAGAUGAUAAAAAAAGAAGUAGAGAUAAAAGUCGGGAAAGAAAUAAAGAAAAAUCAGAGGAAUCUGAUGAAAGCCGAGAAAAACGUCGUCGAGAUCGUGGAAGGGAACGUGAUCGUGACAGAGAAAGAUCUUCAAGAAGAGAUAGCUCAAGAACUCGAGAAAAAUCUAAACGGAGAUCCAAAAGUCACGAAAAAAGCAGUGAUCGCAAAGAAAAGCGGGAUAAAAAGAAAGUUAAGGAAAAAAAUGGGAGCGAAUGAAUUAAUAUUUUCAAUAUUUCAAUUUAUUGUAAAUAAGUUUUUAAUUAAAAAAAAUAUAUGUAGCCUUGUAAGAAAUUUUCUCUAGCUAAUAUAUGAAACUACACGUAUACA